ACCACGUACGCAGUGCAGCAUGCUGCUCGUCACCCUCCUCGUCCUCCUCCUUUCUUCCCCAGAGCCGUUGGCCGGCGAAGUACAGCCGCCCAUCUGCAGCAACGCUAACACCAUGUACACGCCACAGGACGCCUACAGGUCCAACCUCAUCUCCCUCGCCCGCACACUCAUCGCCGGUGUCGCGGAGAAGCGAUCCCACUCGGCUGUCAGCACGGCCGGGACGGGCCCCGACAAGGUCUACGGCGCCGUGCUCUGCCGAGGUGACUCCACCGGCGAAGACUGCGCCGGCCGCCUCCAGCAAGCACUUGGUAAAGCCAUGAACGAUACCGCCGGCGGUGGAUCCAGCGGCCAUUCCCAGAAGGCGAUGAGCACCUUCUACGACGACGACUACCAGGCUCGGCUAAGCUUCUCCGACGAGGACUUCCUCUCCGGCUUCACCAACGCACCGGAGUGCACGCUGCGAGCUUACCUGAACCCUCCUCCGAGCACCGAUGACCCUGACCGGUUCACCAAGCUCGUCGCCGAGCUCAUGGAGAAGCUCGUCCCCGCCGCGGCCGAGCGACCGAGCAGGUGCUCGACGGGGCAGGGGUGGUUCGACCCCAGGGGCAAGAUAGUGUACGGGAUGGCGCAGUGCACGGAGGACAUGCCGGCGGCGGCUUGCCGGGAAUGUCUUGCGGGCGUCGUCGAGCAAGGGAGGAACACGAGUGGCCUGACGACGGGAGGCGCCAUACUCGGGGCGCGCUGCAGCCUGUGGUACCAGACGGGGAUCAAGUUCUUCGCCGGCGACCCAGAGGUGUCGCUGCACAUGCCUACACCAAGUAAGUUUUGGAUCUGGGUUACAAUCGGAUCGUUCUCCCUCAUGGUAUCUAUUUCAUGGUUGCUUGUUCAUAUUUGGAUCAAACGGGAGAGAAAAAGAGAACAAGCAAGAUUUGAACUACGGCUACUGUCGAUGGCAGUACAGAAUGUAAUAAAUCUUUGGAGAAUUGAAGAAGGGAACUCAGGAUUUUCAUUGUAUGAUUUCUCUCAGAUAAAAGAAGCUACACAAAACUUCUCAGGGGAAAACAAACUUGGUCAAGGUGGUUUUGGAUCUGUUUACAAGGGCCUAUUGCCUGGUGGUCUUGAAGUAGCAGUUAAAAGACUUUCAGCAUGUUCUGUGCAAGGUUUACUAGAGUUCAAAAACGAAAUUCAGCUGAUAGCUAAGCUUCAGCACAAAAAUCUUGUUAAGUUGCUCGGCUGUUGUAUUGAGGGGGAACAUGAAAAGAUGCUCGUCUAUGAAUACUUGCAAAACAAAAGCCUGGACGUCUUCAUAUUUGACGUUGUUAAAGGAACAAAAUUAAACUGGCCAAAACGUCUACAUAUAAUUGAUGGGAUAGCACAGGGGAUUUUAUAUCUUCACAACCAUUCACGAUUAUGUGUUGUUCAUAGGGACUUAAAAGCAAGUAACAUUCUCUUGGAUAGUGACAUGACUCCAAAAAUUUCCGAUUUCGGGAUGGCCAGAAUAUUCGGUUCAAAUAUGAUUGAAUCAAAUACCACCAGAAUAGUAGGCACACAUGGCUACAUAUCUCCCGAGUAUGCUUUUGAUGGGGUUUGCUCGAUCAAGUCGGAUGUCUUCAGUUUUGGCGUCUUGGUCUUGGAAAUCAUUAGUGGAAAGAGGACUGCCGGUUUCUAUUCUUAUGAUGGCAAGCUAUACAAUCUCAUUUCAUACGCUUGGCAACUUUGGAGAUCUGGACAAGGGCAUGAGCUGGUCUGCUUCGGUAUAGGAAACGACCAUCAAGUGAUACAGAGGUGCAUUCAGGUGGCACUUUUAUGCGUCCAGGAGAGGGCAGACGACAGGCCUUCGAUCGACCAGGUGGUCACUAUGCUAAACAGCGAGGAAAUGACCCUGCCCAAACCAAAGCAGCCGGCCUACUUCUAUGUGCGAUCUAGCGGCUCAGAUGCUUCAUCAUGCAACAGCACCAUCAGCAUCACAUUGGCAAGGUAGAUUAGAUUAGAUUACCAUCAUUGCCCUUUCAAUAUAAUGUCAUUGUGAUUUGCGAGUGCUUGUCUGUAUAUCUGGUCUCUCUCUCUCUUUUUUUUUCUUUUUGGCUUUGUUUAGGCGUUUAACCAAACUGUGGUUCAGAUUUUUUCUUUAGUUGUUAUUGUUUUGUUUCAUAAUUUAGAUUCGUGUGGUGUUCUCUUUUGUGUUGUUUGUAGCCAUACUGUAAGAGUUCAAGACAGAGUACAGUAAAAAGCAUAAACAUGUUAACAAUAAUACCAUUUAAAUGGAAAGUCAUAAA